AUGAGUGUUGUUAUUCCAUCCAGGAGGCUGCUCUCAGCACGUACGUUUACGAGGUUUUUGACACGUUCUCAAUCGACGGCUACAAAUGGACCUUUGGUAUCGAAAACUAUUGAGAAACAGCCAGAAGCCGAAAAACCAAUUGGAGAUGAAGUACUCUCAUUGCGUCAAAGACAAUUCAACGAUCAGAUUGUGGAACAAUUAAAGGCUCUUUCCGAGACUCCAUUGGAUGAAAUUGACAAGUUGGGUGUCGACGUAAAUGGAACGCUGACUGAAAGGGAAAAGCAGUUGGAUGAAGAAUUGACAGAUUUCUUGAGAAAAUACUCUCAACUGAAUAGACUGAUAAAUACUGAGGAAAAUUCUGAAGGUGAAGCUCAAAGGUCCUUCCAAGCGGCCGCGGCACAGAAUAAGAGGUACCCGUAUUUGGUUCCUUCUGCUAGGGAUAAACCAUAUACUUCACAAGAACUCUUCUUGCGUCAGAUGAAACAUGCACAGCAUACCGCCAAACUGGGAGCUAAUAUCGAAAAGGUUUACUUUCCUCAUAAGGAUGUACAAUCACCACCAUCGGCUGAGAAGGUUUCGAUAAAUAAGUUACUUGCUGCUGGUGUUCAUCUGGGGCAGUCGACUUCUCUAUGGAGAUCUACCACUCAGCCUUUUAUUUACGGUGAAUAUCGUGGGAUUCACAUUAUUGAUUUAAACAAGACGUUGGCUUACUUAAAGAGAGCGGCAAAGGUUGUAGAGGGCGUUGCUGAGAGAGGUGGUAUCAUACUUUUCCUUGGGACCAGAGAGGGACAAAAACGAGCUCUAGAAGAAGCUGCAAAAAAGACACAUGGGUUCUAUAUCUGUACAAGGUGGAUCCCAGGUACUUUAACAAACUCCACGGAGAUUUCAGGUGUUUGGGAAAGACACGAAGUUGAUUUUGCCGAUAAGCCCACCGGUAGAGUUCUAACAACAGAUGAAAUAGCAGCUAUUGUCAAACCCGACUUACUAGUCAUAUUAAAUCCAACCGAGAACAGGAAUGCCUUGAACGAGGCAAUGCAAGUUAGAAUACCCACCAUUGGUAUUAUAGACACGGAUUCAGAACCAUCCAUUGUCACAUAUCCAAUCCCAGGAAAUGACGAUUCGCCACGGUCGGUCAAUCUACUUCUUGGGGUACUGGCCAAAGCAGGUGAAAGAGGCUUACAAAACAGAUUGCAAAAGGUUGCACAAAUAAAAUGA